AUGGCGAGCGGCGGGGCGGCCUGGGGCCUGGUGCUGGCUCUGGUUCUGUUGGUGCUGGUACCGGGCGGCCGGGGCAAGCCGACAGCGCGGCAGGAACGGGCGCGGCCCGGCCCCGCACAGCACGAAGACCGCCCGGGCUUCCAAUACGACCACGAGGCCUUCCUGGGCAAGGAGGAGGCGCGGAGCUUCGACCAGCUCAGCCCGGAGGAGAGCCGGGAAAGGCUCGGGAAAAUUGUGGAUAGAAUAGAUGACAACAAAGAUGGCUACCUCACAACAGAGGAAUUAAAAAUCUGGAUUAAACGAGUACAGAAACGUUAUAUCUAUGAAAACGUGGCUAAAGUCUGGAAAGACUAUGAUCUAAACAAGGACAAUAAAAUUGCCUGGGAUGAAUACAAGCAAGCCACAUAUGGUUAUUAUCUAGAAAAUCCAGAAGAAUUCCAAGAUGCAACUGAUCAGCACAGUUUUAAAAAAAUGCUACCCAGAGAUGAAAGAAGAUUCAAAACUGCAGAUCUGGAUGGAGACUUAGCUGCCACUCGUGAAGAAUUCACUGCUUUCCUUCACCCAGAAGAAUUUGAGCAUAUGAAAAACAUUGUUGUCUUGGAAACCUUAGAAGACAUAGACAAAAAUGGAGAUGGUUUUGUUGAUCAAGAUGAAUACAUUGCUGAUAUGUUUCCAAACGAAGAGGGGGGACCAGAGCCUGACUGGGUGAUUACAGAACGGGAACAGUUUUCAGAUUUUCGUGACCUCAACAAGGAUGGAAAGAUGGACAAAGAGGAGAUUCAGCACUGGAUUCUCCCACAAGACUAUGAUCACGCACUAGCUGAAGCCAGGCACUUAGUCUAUGAAUCAGAUGUAGACAAGGAUCAAAAACUAACGAAAGAGGAAGUUCUGGAUAACUGGAAUAUGUUCGUUGGAAGUCAAGCUACUAAUUAUGGGGAGGACCUCACAAGAAACCAUGAUGAAUUAUGAUACAGUGAACCAACCAGUAUGCCAGGGACCUUUUCUCAACUUGACAGAAAUCACUGUCUAUCCCUUCUUUUGGGGGAAGAUGGACAAGAGACAAACUCACAACUGAAUGAUUUGCAUUAAUAAAUUUUUAACAUGCUAGCUUAUUACCUCAGAAACUGCAUAGAAAUAGCUUUCUACUCUUUUCAGAUGGUUAAAUGCAACGUCUAAUUACUACAGUUUUAUUUGAGGAAAAAACAAAAAGGUAACUUUUUUUAAUAGCCUGAUCUAGAAAAGGCACUUCUGGAAGAUAACUGCAAGGAUCUUUAAUAGAGAAAUAUUUUCUCCAAAUAUUCUUAUUUACUGUAGCGAAAUACAGCUAGGAUUAGAAAAAAAACCCUAAUGUUUAUCAGAUUAAGUUAUUUAGCCAUCUUUUUUAAUAGCAUACAACAAUUUAGAGUUAUUCUUUGACCCUCCUAUCCAGGGAAAAGGUUUGACAUAACAAGACCCAUAACCUUUAUCUCAACACUGGUUUUCUCUGCCAGUUUGGGCUAGAGGUGCUGGAGAAGGUAUCCAGCAGCUCUCUGGCUCAUAGCUUUACAAGUGCAACAUGUACAUCUGGCCCUUCUCUCUAACCCCCAGCACAGAGCAGAGACAGCACACGUGGCUCAGCACCCUGUGCUGCCAUUCCUCGGUCAGGGCCGUGGAGUUCACAGUGACAGCUGCUCCUUCUGACAACAGUAACAUACAAUUGUUUGUGGGCUGUUGCUUAUGCUGUUUCCUAGGAGGAAUUAUGCCACAUGGAGCAUAAUUUAUCUCAUGCUUUUCGCACUUUACCCAAGCCAUACUCUUGUUCACACAGUGUGAAUGGCAGCAGUUCUGUGAUGGAGAGAGAAUGAGACAUAUCACCCCUCUGGGCCUUCUGUCUUUUCUACCACAUAAGAGGACAGAUUUAUGUGGCUAGAGUUCUGGGUUUGUAUGUAUAUACUUAUAUAUAUGGGUUCCUGAAGCAACUACAAACUACAUGGAGACAGCUUUUCUUCUAAGGAAAGGGGUAAGAUUUCCACCCAGGUGCUUUCUUUUUUACUGUAUAAUGUGAGCUAUUACACAUAUAAUUUUAUAUACCAAACUUUGAUAAGUGUGGCUGGUUUUAAAUGUACUAGUUUUGAAAUAAGCACAAUAAAACCAAUACUUCUUGGUGAUACUAUGACGGUGCAAUAACACUAACACAGACUAGCAGAGAGAUGAUGUGAAAGCAAAGAACCAAACCUUUAGAGCCAGUAUUUCCUAAAGCACUGGGUCAUUGGCAGCUCCUGCAGCCCUGGCUGGUCAUCUGCAAACAGCAGCUGGACAUAUGGCAUCAACUGUUUCUUCUUCACCUCAUUAAAAGAAAAAAAAAAAAAA